GGGGUGACUAGAGAGAUAUACCUGCUGGAGCGUGUGCUACAGACCUGGCCACACUAUGGUUUCUCUGAGUGAGCAUGACCUGACAGUGGAGGAAGGGACAGAGCAACACGUCCGGGUGGCCAGAUAUGUGCAGCACGGGCCGUACGCACGAGGUCCCUCAUACAGCCUGGCAACGGUAAAGCUGGCAGAGCCUGCCCGGUUCACUCAGCAUGUCAUGCCCGUAGCCCUACCCACACUAUGCACUCAGCUCCACGAGAAGUGUCUGGUCAGCGGGUGGGGCUCCACCGUACCGGGACAGGACGAGCCCAAUCUAAUCCUGAAGUGUGAAACCCAGCGGGUCAUUGAUGACAAGAUGUGCCAGAUAGCCUUUCCCCUUUAUUGGAUUGAACAUGCAUUCUGUGCUAAAACCAUCAUCUCAACAGACAACUGCCUGUCUGACCAGGGCAGUACUGUGGUCUGUGGGGGUGAGCUACAGGGGUUGUUCUGGUCCAGUUCUUCUGACGUUGGUUUGUACACCCGCCUGUGCCUGUACCUUGACUGGAUCAGUGACAUCAUGAACACCCCUGAUCCUACACCGGAACCUGCGUGGACCACCGCAGCAGCAGCUACAACAUGGUGAUUGAAAAGAAAAACAAUAAAGUGAUAUGUACUGAAAUGUUCUGUUCACCUGCCCC